AUGGCGGGGCGGCCGGGCUUCCUCUGCGGCGUGGUGGAAGGUUUCUAUGGGAGACCGUGGUCUACGGAACAGAGGAAACUGCUCUUUCAAUGGCUGAAGCGCUGGGGACUGAACUGCUACAUGUAUGCGCCCAAGGAUGAGCUGAAGCACCGGCUGCUCUGGCGAGAGCCCUACACAGACCAUGAGGCAGCCCGAAUGCAGUCUCUCAUCGAAGCUGCCCAAGAGCAGGGUGUGGAGUUUGUUUUCGCUAUUUCUGCUGGCCAGGACAUGGUGUUCUCAAGUGCUGGGGAUCGGCUCCUGCUGCAGCAAAAACUCAGGCAGGUGGCUGCCAUCGGGUGCCGCUCCUUCGCGCUGCUCUUUGACGACAUCGACCCCUGCAUGUGCCAAGCUGACAGAGACGUCUUCCCCUCCCUGGCGCAGGCUCAGGCCUCUGUGGCCAAUGAGGUGUACCGGGAGCUGGGCCAGCCCUCCGUCUUCCUCUUCUGCCCUACAGAGUACUGCAGCUCUCUGUGCUCUCCCAGCCCCAGCCAGUCCUGCUACCUGCUGACACUCGGCCAGGAGCUGCUCCCAGGGAUCGGUGUCAUCUGGACAGGCCCAAAGGUGGUGUCACAGGAGCUCUCGGCCACGCUGCUGGAGGAGGUGGAGGGCGUCCUGCAGCGCCGGCCCGUCAUCUGGGACAACCUGUACGCCAACGACUACGACUGCAGACGCGUCUUCCUGGGCCCCUACACGGGACGCGCCCCCGGCCUCAUGCCCAGGCUCCGUGGACUGCUCCUCAACCCCAACUGCGAGCUCCAGGCCAACUUCAUCCCCGUACACACACUGGGCAGCUGGUUUCGGAGCGAGCUGGGGAGCUGUGCCCACCCUGAUCGCACAGAGAUGGAGACUGCGGCAGCCCUGGGGGACAGCCAAGGCCCACGGGACGGGAGCUACAGCCCCCAGGAGGCCUUGGAGCUGGCGCUGCUUGACUGGGUGGCCGAGAUAAACCGGCAGGCCUUGGAGCCAGGAAGGACCCCAGGACACACCAGCGUCAGCCUCAAGGGAGGAACGAGACUGCAGCCCGGCACAGCGGGAGGACAGGAGGUCACGUCCGACCCCCAGCCCCACGACUCUGUUCCCAGUGGGGCAGACCAGCAUGGCCCUGAGCCCUGCGGCCUGGCACCAGAGGAAGGAAGGAGGAAGGCAACCUCGGAGUCCGAGAAGGGCAGUGGGAGCAGGACCCCUGCCAGCGGUCAGCAAAGCCCCGCAGGGGACGGGGACCAGCUCACCACGGGGAGCAGACGGAGCUGUGAGCCCUCCUCUGCUCUGCCCAGCACGGCUCGGAGCGCCCGGUCCGCAGGAACCCCGGUGGCUACCGAGACCCUCCACAGCCCAGACCCCAUGAUGUGCUGCAACAAUGGGGCCAACACCAGCCAGAACCUUCCCCUACCCACCAGUGAUGCCAGGACAGGGGGUGGCAGCCCCCCUCAACCCCCCAGCAGUACCCAGCCUGAGGCCAGCAGGGCUGACACGCCUCAGACACCCCCAGGGCCUGGGGCUUGUGCCAGCCUGGGCCCCCCAGCACCGCUCACUGAUGGGGCUGGCGUCAACCCCAGGGCCAUGGCUCUGCUCACUGAUGGGGCUGGCACCAGCCCCGGCCCCCCAGCACCACUCACUGAUGAGGAGACCGGGUCCAGCCCCAUGGCACCGCUGACUCUGGGGGAGGUGCGGAUGCUGGUGGAGCUCUUCUACCUGCCCUACCAUCAUGGGCCACAAGCGCAGCGUCUCCUGGAGCACUUUCGGUGGCUCCGGGCAAACAGCCUCAGCGUGGGGGUCCCGGCCACGGCACCCGAUGCCUGCGGGGGCACGCAGUGGCGUGGCCGAGCCCAGUCCUUCCAGCUGCUCUGCGCUCAGACGUGCCGCCUGCACAGCCGCUUUGUCAGCUGCGCCGGACAGGCACUGCUCUAUGACCUCCACCCCUACCUCUGGGACAUCCGCAACAUGCUGCUGGCCGCCAGUGCCUUCAUCCUCUGGCUGGAUGGCCAUCUCCUCUGCGACCGUGACCCGAAGGGCACCUGGGGAAGCUGCUUUGGCUGGUGCCACAGCAUCGCUGCCCCGAUCCUGCUGGAGGGGGACGCCGAGCCCUGGGUGCGUCGUGGGGGCCUCUCUGGAGAGCUGCAGGCACUGCUGCCCGUGGGGAACAGCUGGGACCUCUUCUACCACCCACCUCCGCUCUUCCCGUCCAGCCAGCUGUACCUCCUGCGCCCGCUGCUGCCCCUCGACAAGGGAGAGCUUUACCGAAUGUGCCGGGAGAGUUUGGACUGUGACCCCAAAGUCGCAGAGAUCCUUGCGGCCCACCCUGAUCUCCUCGGUGACAGGCUGCUGGGCAGCUUCCUGAGUCUGAGCCCCGAGUACACAUUUGUGCUGGAGGACGAGGGUGGUCCGUGCGGCUAUGCAGCCGGAGCACUCUGCGCUGAAGGCUUCCUGCAACAGCGAGACAGCAGCUGGCUGCCGGCCAUGCGGCACAAGUACCCCCAAGACCUGGGGACAGGUACCCCAGCUAUGGGACAGGAUGCCCUGGAGGAAGCACUGCUCUUCUUCCACGCAGAGCCACCGGCUGUGCCCCUGCCUGUGUUGCGGCGCUUCCCCUCCCUGGUGCAGCUGGGCACGGCUGCCCGCAUGCUGGACGUGGGGGCCAGCCGCAGCCUGGCUGUCUGCCUGCUGAGCGCACUCAGGGCCAACGGGUCGCGGGGAGUGUUUUGCCAGGUCAGUGCCACUGACCAGCAGCAGCUGAGCUUCUACAGCAAGCUGGGCUUCGUCGCCCUGCCAGUGGCCCAGGACAGCUCCCCCAGCGCUCGGCUCCUGGGACGUCUCCUCUGA